AUGAUUGAAAACAAAAAGAAUCUCGGUGAUAAUGAUUGCUUAAUGUAUCGUCCAUUUCAAUCCGAGAAUGAGCGCAACAUUUACAUCAAGAGAGACCAUUAUUCAACUUCGCUGGAUCCUCGGGGCUACAUUCCUGUGUAUGAAUACAUUAUCAAUGGAACGCCCAUCAUGUGGGAUCGAGAAACAGGCUAUGUUCACUUUACUGGCAUCUGGAAGGCAUUGGGCAACUCAAAGUCUGAUAUUGUAAAGAUGGUGGAUUCAAAUCCUGAAUUGGGCACAAAGAAGAUUAGAGGAGGUUUUUUGCGUAUACAAGGCACAUGGAUUCCUUAUGACUAUGCCCAUUUGCUCUGUAAACGUACCGCAUGGAGCAUCCGUAAAGAACUAGUCCCCAUCUUUGGCCAACGCUUUGCCCUGGAAGCACUUCGUCCCGAUCAUGAAGAUUAUGGCUGUCUCUUGUUGGAUCCAAAAAGCAAAUCACAUGUCUUUAAAAAGACCGGCUAUCAUCAAAAGCAACAACGUAAUACAACAAUGCGUCAAAAGCCUUACACAAAACAACAAACUACCAAAAGAAACAGUCUUCGUAAUACCAUAUCAAAGCCCUUGAAAGCUAAAAAUACCAUCCCAUUCAAACAACAACAACAACAACAACAACAACAACAACAGCAGCAGCAGCAGCAACAACAACAAAAGAAGAAGAUCAAUAGCCAAAUUGCUUCCAGUAUGUCUGUUACGCGUCUUUUGAAUAGCCAACAAGCCAUGUCAGCAGAGAAGGGUAUUGGUUAUGAGGAAGAGGAGCUGGAGGGCUUGGAGGAAGAGGAUGAUGAUUUAUUGACACUGUCUGAUGAAUCUUCAUUAUCCUCGUUUGAAUCCACUUCAGUAGCAGCAUCCUUUCCGACUUUCCGUGUGAUUCAAACUUAUCCACCCGAGGAUUGGUCAGAUCAAUGUGGCAAUCAUUCUACUAGUAGUGGCCCCUUAUUACCUCCUAUUUGCAACAUUACAGAACAACAACAACAGCAACAACAAAAGCUUCCUUCUAUUGAUACUUCAUCGCCCAGCAUGAUGGACUCUGGCAGCUCAGCUUCAUCCAUCUCUUCAUCGCCAUCUCUUGUUUGGUCUUCCUCACCUAUGAUGUCUCCUGUAGCACCCACACAUGUCGCUCAAGAUAUCAUAGACACGAUUAGUGCCACCAUCCUAUUACAAAGAUUGUCCCAAGACGAUGGAGCGAGACCAUUCAAACCAUUGGAAUCAUCCGUCAUCCCGUCCAAAGUAAUUGUUGGCCAUCAGGAAUUCACCAUCUGCUGGGACUAA